AUGACAACAAUUGAGAAUACCAGUAGUUUAAUGGAAGAAGGUAUCAAUUUUCAAAUAUUUUCAAAUUCCAAGUGUGACUACACUAACGGAAAAUGGGUUCGAGACAAUGUAACUUACACAUCAGAAUUUUACACCGAAAACUGCUUGUUCCUUGAUCAAGGUUUCCGUUGUCAAGGCAAUGGCAGAAAGGAUAACGAUUUUCGCAAUUGGCGAUGGCAACCGAAAGAUUGUAAUCUCCCUAGGUUUGAUGCAAAUGAUCUUUUAGAAAGGAGUCGAAACGGGCGUAUAGUUUUUGUUGGUGAUUCGAUAGUCAGAAAUCAAUGGGAGUCUAUGCUGUGUAUGCUAGCAAGAUCAAUCCCAAUGAAUCAGACAUCAACCGAAAUUUAUGAGGAGAACGGGAACCCUAUUACCAAACACAAAGGGUUUCUCUCUUUUAGAUUUCGUAGCUACAACCUCACUGUGGAAUACUACAGAAACCCUUUUGUUGUCUUCGUGGGUCAUCCACCGUCGCCAUCGAAGAAUUCAUCAUUAUCCUCCACUGAUAAUAAAAUGAUUAAGAGUACCAUUAGAGUCGAUAGUCUUCAUGCGGAUUCCAGAAAAUGGAUUACUGCAGAUGUUCUUGUGUUUAGUGCUGGACAUUGGUGGACGGACGAUAAGACUAUAAAAAAGGGUGUUUUCUUUCAACAAGGUUCAACUGUGAAUAUAACGAUGGAUGUUAAAGAAGCAUUUAGAAGAUCACUGCAGUCAUGGAAACGAUGGGUGCUUCAGAAAUUGGACCCUUCCAAAACUCAUAUCUUCUUUAGAAGUUAUUCACCUAGUCAUUUCAGGGAAGGAACAUGGAACAAAGGGGGUAGGUGCGAAAUGCAUACUGCACCAGAGAGUAAUGAUGAUUCCGAGCUACGGGAGCCGAAUACUGAGCCAUGGAAUAACAUUAUGAUCUCAGAAACAUGUGAUGAAAUUAACAGCAAUAAGAAAAAGAAAUCAUCAAAUAUUGUGGAGUACUUAAACAUAACGUAUCUAACAAACAUUCGAGUUGAUGGUCAUCCAUCAAAAUAUUACAGCGGAGGCACUAUAAACACGCCGCCAACAAAUGUCACUAUUCCUGAUAAUAUCCAACAAGAUUGCAGCCAUUGGUGCCUCCCUGGAGUUCCAGAUACGUGGAAUCAUCUUCUUUAUGCUCAGCUCCUGUCUAGAGGUUUUAGAACCAAACUGUAGUUCCAAUUAUCAUUUGAUUUCAUGUUUGUUACAUCUGGGUAUACAAACCAACGGAUCACUAUAUUCGAUCGACUGCUUAGAUGAAAGCUCUAGGCCCACGCUUGGUGUUAUUCCUACUUUACCACCAAAGUGGAGGAGGAUACGGUGGCUUGAUAACUUGAUUUUAUUCCCGCUAAAUUGUAGUAAAACAAAAGCUUUGUAAUUGCACCAAAACGCCAGUUGUAUUUCGUAUUUUGCUGCAUUUGUACUCGGUGAAUUUCAAAACACAAAAUAUAAUGUGUGUCAAACCGUUACGAAGCUUUGUAACUUCACGCAAACUUGACAACAGUAGUAAUUUUCAUCAUUACGAAUACUUUGUUGGAAGGUAUGCCCGGAAGUUGGUUUUCUAGGGAGGUGCAAAUUAUUGGCGUAGACUGUGUAGCACACGAUGCUGCGUCAAACAAGGUGUCACAACGUGUUAGGAAACUAGCAGCGGUAGUUUUCCAGGUUUUGGUCAGCCUCUAUCAAAUGUCCAAUCUCAACCCUCCAACGAUUGGGUUAAUCCUAACUAUCCAAAGUGAAAACUAAAGACAAAUCCAUUUUUCAGAUUUUUCCCACUGUGAAAUCCAUGUCCAGAAAUCUCCGGGUGCACACCCAUUCUCGAUGAUAGAAUUAUGCACAGAUCCAUAAUUUUGAGAAAUUUUAUUUUCAUUUUUCUUCUUUCCAAACUACUAAAAUCACCCUGAUUCAUCUCAGAUCUCAUAUCUAUGCUCUUCUCUUGAUAUAGACAGCUUGAUCACCAUAUCAAUCUUUGAUUUCCAGACGAAGAAGAAUCGAUAAUUUUUUUUAUCAAAGUUGAAUCUGAAGAUUCAAUCGUAAUCAACAAAUCUGAAGAUUCAAUCGUUAUUAAAGAUUUUGAAGGAUUAAGAAAGGGUUGGAAGUGAAUUAGAACUCAAGUUAAGGACUGAUGAGUGUAUCUCGGAUUUGAUUUAUAACAGUGAAGUGAAGGAAGUGAUUAGUGGUGUUUAUAUCUCAACGGGAGUUGUUCUUGAGAGAAAGAAGACUCGAUUGAUGAGUUUGUUCACAUGGGUUUAUGUUAAAUUUGUACUGUGAGGUUCUUGUACUUGAUUUGGAGGAUGCUCUCGAUUGCUGAAAUGGGUGCUUGCUUAAUUGGUUAUCUUUGAUUUGAUGAUGGAGCUGACUGCUUCCGUUGAUUUCAGCGAGAAGACUCGGGGAAGGAAGGUAUUGCUACUCCCUGAAAUAAGGAGAACUGAUAGGGAAGAAAUGGAGAUAAUUGCAGUGAUUGACAACAAUAAUUGGGGGUUCAUUUGAACUGAAAUUGGUUUGGUUUUAGAUGCUAAUGGAGAUGGCGUUUUCGAAUUUUCCUUAAGUCUGAAUUUUCCUUUUCUUUUCCCACUACAUCUGAACAAAUUACUAAUUCUUCUUCUUCUUCGAAUUUUAAUUUAGUAUAUGAAGCUCGAGACGAGGUUAAUCAGAAGGUCAAGGAAUUGAACCAAGUAGCUAAAUUAUUAUUAUUUGUGACAUUUACUCAGAUUUAUCAGUCCGCGGAGCGGGAGCUACUUGAACAAUUAUUCACAAACCUUUGCAAAAACCUUGAAGAAACUAUCAACUCCAAUAGAUUAGCUCAUAUGAACAAACAGUAUCUCUAGUAUACAUCUCUUCUAAUGAUAUUCGUAUCUUGAAAUUCUAUUCAGUCAUCAUUUUUUUCUUGCUUUACCAUGGUGCAGAUGAAAAAAGGGAUCACUCCGAAAGAUUACUCGAUAAAUGUCUUGUCAUGUGUGCUAUAUCCAGAGUUUUGUUUCCAUGUAUGUCCUACAGAACGUGGUAGAUCUCUUUUCGAAGCUGGUGGAAGAAAUCAAUCAACCAGUAAGAUACUUGGUUAUACAUAUACUUUAGUAAUUAUGGAGAUUUUCAUUUUUGACAAGUCUGGAUUCGAUUGAUUAUCGGUGUUUUGCAUUUUUGAUUCUUGUGGCUUUCUAGUUGAUCUUUUCGGUACAUGUUAUUGUGUCAUUUUUUCAGUACAACUACACUCUAGUACUUCCGUCGCCACGAGAAAUUCUAGAAACGUUUAAUGUGUAGUUGCGAAAAAAAUUCACUAGAUCAUUCCUUUGUGACACCAGAAACAUGUGAAUGGAGUGAGGUAUCCUUCAGUUUCAUAUCAUAUUUACGAAUGCUGCAUCGCUCCUUGUUAUAACUCAAUGAUGCGGCAUUCCAAAAGUACAUAAUGUUAUUUUUGAAUGUAAUGUGUAGUUUUGUCUUCUUAUAACGUGAGUUUACAUUUGGAAUUCAUUGUUGCGACUCUUUUACUUUCUAAUGGACCAUUAAUCAUGUUGCAUCA